CACCUCUUUGAAACUGAACUCCGAAUACGUAAUAGCCGUUCGCGCAAAGAAUACAAAAAAUCCAGCACGUGAGAGUGAACUCAAAUGGCAUACAUUCCACACCCCCAGUUGUACUGAUUGGCACAACAGUAGUCGAAUAUGUGGUAAAAAUAAUACAUCGAGGUCGAUUUCAAUCUGUUCUUCUCAUGUUCUUGAGCAAAUGGCAGCUAUUCACAAAUCCUUGUUUCAAUAUUGUUUUACCGUUUGUAUUAUUUUUUAGCUCCUGAAACAAUAAUGGAUUUACGGGUGAGUUCGGUAUGUGUAUCUGACAACAUCUAUCAUUUCAACGUUAGUUGGGAGAAACCUCGCGUCUUACCGGAUUAUUACAUUGUCAAGCUGUUCGAUCUCAACCCAGCAGUGGACGAUGAAAACGCACAUUCUUAUUCACAAAAUGUUACUGGGAAUACGACAAAUCUGCUGAUCAAACAUAUGGCUAUGCGUGGACCCCAAUACGAAGUGUUCAUAACAUCCCAUGCUAACAACCGGACGGCUACACAAAGUAUUAUAAAACCCCUUUACAUCAGUAGAAUUGCUCCUGAUCACUGGCAUGGAGGACGAUUGGCUGUCAUCAUUCUAACACCUAUUCUUACAAUAGGUUUGAUGAAAAUUUUCAUAUCACUUAUAUGCCGAAGGAGAGCAAAAAUCAAGCGUUUUGAACAGCGAUGCGAAUAUUUCAAGGAUUUGGAACAAAAAGCACCUGUUGACCCUAGUUCUGAUUUUGAAAUCAAAAUAAAAAGCAUUCAAGACAUUUUGCAACCGAUAACUUUCCCUAACGACUUGAUCACUCCAAUUAAUGACGAAAUGGAAAUAACCAUUGAUCAAAUUAAAUUACUAGACGUUUUGGGUGAAGGAGCUUUCGGUUUAGUUCGCAAAGGAAUUCUCAUUCGACCGCUGGAGCCGUACAUUCAAGUAGCUGUCAAGAUGUUAAAAGAAUGCCCCAGCUUGGAAGAUAUCAAAGAAUUUCGACGAGAAAUAGAGGUUAUGAAGUCGGUUGGAGGACAUCCUAACGUAGUGUGCAUCAUUGGCCAUUACACUAAAAAUGUAAACGACAUGAUGCUGCUUACGGAAUACUGCAGUGAGGGUAAUUUGUUAAAUUACCUUAGGACUGAAUGGCACAAAAUACAACGGAAAAGAAACACAAUAUCAAGCAAAAAGGAAAUGGUUGCAUUAGUCGGAAUGAAGGAAUUCUACAGCAAAGAUCAAGAAGCUUUUAUGGAAGACUGUUGCGUACCAAAAGUAACAAGUAACAAAAAACCUGAGUUCGCUAUCAACUUCGACAAUGCCUCGAUUAACGAUAAAAAAUCGAUGGCAUACAAAGAUAUUUCUGAGCAAAACACUUUAAAUCCCAUUGAGAAUCGGCUUUAUCCCUUAUUAGAUCAAGAGAUAAACAAUAUAGCAAAGCUUUGUACGAACGCUUGCAAAUGUCGUGUGGAAAUUAUCAACCAAGAUGGAACAUUACCAAGCUCGAAGACCAUCGAAAUGAGUUGCAAUAUAAAAGUUUCUGGAUGCGAAUGUAGUAUUGAUAAUGAAACUAUGGAUCGAAGUUAUCAAACACUGCAACAAGUUUCAGACCUAGUAGUCAACCAAUGUUACUAUACUAAUGUGUGCACUAAGACUGCACAACAAGAACUAGAACCUAUCAUAACAUGUGAUCAGCUUAUCGAGUUUGUUCGACAAAUUUUGUUGGGGAUGGAAUUUCUAGCACGCAAUAAGGUAGUACAUCGGGAUUUGGCUGCCAGAAAUGUCUUGGUCUGCGGGAACAAAUUAGUGAAAAUAUCUGAUUUUGGACUGAGUAGAGAUAUUUAUCAGGACAAUUUAUACCGUAAAACAGGUACAGGUAAAUUACCAAUCAAGUGGAUGGCGCUUGAGUCAUUAACCCACCAGAUAUACACUUCGCAAAGUGAUGUAUGGUCUUUCGGAGUACUUCUCUAUGAAAUGUGUACUCUUGGUGGAAAUCCAUACCCGUUGUUGUCAACGAAUAAAUUAAUAGUCGAACUAAAAAGAGGUUAUCGCAUGGAGAAACCCUCGAGCUGCAGUAUGGAACUGUAUGACAUUAUGUUAGCGUGUUGGAACGCAUUGCCGAUCGAUCGGCCAACAUUCUCCAGCAUUAAAAAUCAGUUGGAUGAACUUGUUGCGGAGAGCAAAGAAAUCAACAGACCUGUGAUUAAUCUAGAUUCUAUAAUUGGUUCACAAAGUCUGCAAACAGCGUCAAAUGGACACUCAUACUUAAAACCUGUGAAGUAUUAGAAGAACCAGAUUUCGUAACAUUCGCUGAACAAAUUUUAUCCUUAUUAACAAUUUAUCUACAACAAAUAAAAAAGGCUUCAAAGCAAACACU